GAAGUGCACGAAUACUCAAACAGAUGGAAAGAACGCCAAGAAAUAGUGCAACCCAACUGGCCAGCGAACGUGGGUUGUUGGCGACGGUGGAAAUUGAAGAGCCCGAGUCAGCAGAUGCUCCUGCUGCUGAGCAGCGAAGGACUCGUAAACGAAAUGUGUGCCCUCCUUUGCGCCUCCACAACUUCCUCAGCACACUGGGUAUACUCUGCGCCCUGCUCCUCAUCGUAGGCUCCAUUUACAUGCACUUAAGACAAAAGCAUCAUUUCGGGCGCAUGAACAGCGAGCGGUCUUCGAAGAGUGCCGACACCACCAUCAUAGUGGUCAGUGAAGAGCCGAGUGUAGCUGCACAAAUUACCGCAGUUAAUGUUGAACAGCUGCAGCCCGAAACGGUACAGUUACUGCCAAUAGCAACGUCUCCAGCAUCAACGGCAACUACUUUAAAAGCUGACACUACGUUGUUUCCAGAUCAAAUCAGCAAGGAAUGUCUAUACUGCAUCGCCAGGACAGCCACGGACUGUAAGCCUGUCUUCUGUAGCGACAAUCGCAUGUGUGGUAUUUAUCGCAUUUCCCAGUGGUAUUGGUCGGAUGCAUUAAGCUAUUUUCAAUGGCCCAGCACGCCGAACAUCAACGAGUGCCUUUCGGACCCGCUCUGUUCAAUGGAGGUGGUGCGUGCAUACAUAGAAAGAUAUUCGCGGGAUUGCAAUUAUGAUGGGAUAGUUGAUUGCAGGGAUCACAUAUUACUGCAUCUAAAAGGUCCUAGUGGGUGUCUGAAUGGUGCCCUUGGCAGUCUUUAUGAAUCGCGCAUGGAAACGUGUUUAGAGACACAAUCAAAACCAACAUCUUGUUUGAUCCUUGUUCAGCCCCGUGAGCUUUGGUCGGACAUAGAAUGUGGGCAUAAAUAUAACCAAGAAAUCGUAAAAUAAUAUGAGCGAGGCCAGCUUGGCGUCACGAAGGUUGACUCGCACAGAACUGCCGCCCACAAUGCACUGCACAUGAUACAUGGU